UGCAUUUUUUAUGGAGUGUGAUGGGGUGAUAUCAUCCCCAUGCCAGUUGUCUUCGUGCUCAUCCUUUCCCUUGUGUUUGCAAUGAAUCCAGGCUUCUCGCUGAACAGGCAUCACACAAUGACUAUGGCGUCGAACGUUGUUGAUGCAUUUCUGGGUGGAGCUGUAGGUCUUCUCCUGCAAAACUUUUUAGUGUUUGGGAAUGCAUGCAUAGAGUUUGCGAAAGCUGCGUACCUGCAUGAACAGCAUCUUGCGGAAAUUCAGUUUGAGAUUGAAGCAACAAGGGGAUCAUUGAUGGGUCUUCGAAGGCUACCUUACACAGCAGCUGACAUUCAUGUGCUGUUCAUCAGAGUACAUCGAAUGCACGCACAGCUACAUGAUAUUCAACAAAUUUGUCAGUGGCAUGGACGGUGGCAGGCAGUUCAGAUGUACAUACGACGCGGAUAUGCAGACAAGGAGAUCAUCAAUCUGCAGAACCAACUUGAAGGCUUGAGGACUGUUGUAGACCGUUUGUUCGCAAGGGAGACUCAUGGCAUGGUGGGCAAGCUACAUGAGAGGAUCUUGUGGAUGGGCAGAGCAAUGACGGUGAGCGAAGACGACUCAAAUGCCGUUGGAUUCAAUUUGUGUUCGGAGUAUGCAAAUGCAGGUGCCUCAAGGCUUCCCUUUCGCCGUAGUCUGAGCUGUACGAAACUGGGAGUUGGCAAAACAUACUCGUUUGGUCAGAUCAAUGGUCAUGAUGAACUGAGCUUCAACAAGAGACUACUCUUUCACCGCAGCUGGAGCCAUAGGAUGGUGGGAAUCGCCAAUGAACUUGAAGGAUCAUCUAGUCAACAAAGUACACCCAGUUUGACAAAUCACACUGAUAAGCUUAGCUUCAAACCCAUUUGCACUGACAAUCCAUUGUACGGAUUCAUUCGUAGGGAUGUGAAGGCAUUGGAGUAUGCGCUGAUUGGUCGAGGUCAACUUGCAGCAGUAAAUCCUCCACCAUCCCACUGUGGCCCCGAGAUCCUGUGCAUCCAUGGCAUGGCAGGUGUCGGCAAAACAACACUCGCAAUCCAAAUUCAUGAUAGCGAAGAGAUGGCAAGGGAGUUUUCUGAUGGUGUGUUUUUUGCAUCUUGUGGGGAGCACAGACUGGGUGGGGAGCUGAUGGAGGUGGUGAGGCAAAAAGUGGGCAAGUAUAGGACUCAUGCACAUGGUUCAGCUCAAGAAUGGCAUAACAGUUCCAUUUACAGCGAGGUGGAGAGAGAAUGUGCGUUGAAAGGAGACAUGAGAGGUAAGAGAAUUCUGAUCGUGAUUGACGAUGUUUGGAGGUGUGAUCAAAUUGAAUGGAUUGAUACCGUGGUUCCGCAAAGCUGUAGCGUUGUCGUCACGACCAGAAAUUUGGAUACCGUAACAAUGCCAGCAAUGACCCACCUUGUGGAACCCUUACCAGAGGGGGAGGCAUUUAAAUUAUUUUGUCAUUGUGCUUUCAGGGAUGAGGUCCCACCUGCGGAGCUCGAGCACGAGGCCAGGAAAGUGUGCGAAAGAUGCCGUGGAUUGCCCUUAGCACUUUGGGUUGUGGGUUCAAACUUGUACCCGAGGCGCCAAGAGCGCGAGUUCUGGAGGAGUUGGCUCAACUUCCUCCUCCAGGUGGGAUCAUCCAGCCCCAGCCACCGAAGUCAUCCAGGGGCUGACGAAAGCUACAGGCAUGUGUUGAAGGUCAUCCAGAAAUCUAUCACGGCUCUAGCAGAUGUUAAACCUGAUCUUUGCGACAUGUCUCUGGACUUGGCAGGCUUUCCAGAAGACCACAAAAUAGAGCGCAAUUUGAUGGAGACAUUAUGGUCCAUCUAUCCAUCUGUGAGAAGCGUGGAAAUUGCGAGGGAGAGGAUGAACACACUUAUUAGAUUGUCCCUGGUGGAACCCCAUGGAUCCAGUUGUGUGUGUUUGCACGACCUGAUUCGUCAGGCUGCGAUAGAUAUGAUGCAGUCCGAUACGGUUGUGCCUGUCAUCUUGGGGCAGCCCAGCAACUGUGUGGGACCACUAAAAUGUGAAGCUGGGCCUGUGCAGCAUGAACGAUGGUUCAUAAGCAGUGAUGAACUGGACAGUGUUCAAACCAUCCCCUACUUAGGUUACUACACAUACUCGAAAAAGCUGAUGUGGAUAACAUCCAAGUCGAUGCGGAUCUGGCAUAUUCUCUCCUUACCCUCCCUACCAACCAUGUUUCCUUGCCUUGAGAGCUUCUUUUGGUCUUGGCCCGAGGGUUUCCACUCUAUGGUGAAUGAUAACAAUGAGGGAGCCUCAAAAUUCUCACUCUGCCAGCAGUUUUUGAAGAAAGUUGCUGCUAAGAGCCACCAACUGCGGAUCAUGGUCUUGUUGGACGUACCAUCGUCGUGCUUGGUUUUCCCCGGCUUCCUAUCAUCGUUUCCAAAUCUUCAAGCGUUGUGGUUACACCUUUUCGCUCAUGGGAACUACUGCAGCUCAGACUCUAAGGCGGCGAGACUCUUCUCGUCCUCCAUUGGAGAACUGCAGCACCUGCAGGUCCUUGUCAUCCACGUUGCAGAUGGCAGUGAUGGAACACUGGCAAUUGACCCAGCAGAUAUUGAAAAAUUGACUAAUCUGAGGGUUUUGCGAACAACAAAUGUCAGUUACUUAACACAGGAACAGCAGUGUGAACAACGAGAUGGAUGCAAAAUACCGAGAAAGUGGCCCAAACGAUGGCCUUUCAUUCCUCUGAACUUUCGCUCAGAAAUAGCAAGUUCCAUUUUGCAAUCGACCGAGGAUUCUGAAAGGACUGAUGAGGGAGUUCUUUCGAAACUUCUCGCACCAAAACUAGAGGAACUCUGCAUCGCCAUUGACUCGGAGCCUGAUGCCAACUGUAACAGUGAGGUCAGGGAUAGAGCAGUCCCAUCGAUUCUUGGACAACUGACAGGUUUACACUCCGUCGAAUUGCAUGGAUUUCAAUUGCUGCAGCGGGUUCCCGACGAGAUCGGUUACUUGGCAAAGCUUGCUAAGCUAGUCAUCGAUGGCUCACCUCUGGUGGCCCUUCCUUCCUCAAUCGGCUGUCUUUCCUCUCUAACCUGGUUGGAGAUCCGAUCGUCUAAACUUGAGUUGAUCCCAGAUGAGAUUGGGAACCUUAAAAGGCUCAUGCACCUUGCCAUCACCUCUGCCAGAUUAAGCACACUGCCGUCGACUGUUCAGGACCUUUUCCAUCUGACUUGCUUUGACUUUUCCUGGUCCCUCGGUUGUGUUAGUCACAUACCAGAGGGUCUUUGGGAAUCUACAAAUCUGCGCAAACUUGACCUCUGUCAUUCGGGCUUGGAUAGCUUGCCUGCCAAAAUAGGAGAGCUGGUCCUUCUAGAAGUGGUGAAUCUCAGUUUCUGCAAGCAGCUUCGAAGUUUGCCUGCCGAGAUUGGGAGAUUGGUCAAGCUCCAUUCCCUUGAGUUGGCAUCGAUGUCCUUAACACAUUUGCCUGAUUCCAUCAGUAAACUGUUAAAUUUGACUUCCCUCGAUGUAAGCAACUGUUCUCAACUUGCUGAGUUGCCUUCUGGGAUCUCACACCUUGCAAAGUUGUGCAACUUAAAUGUCGAGCACUGUCGAGGACUCUGAGCAUUCACAGAUGGCCUUUCAAGGCUUACUGGUUUGGUGGCACUUAAGCCAAGCGGCUGCUCUAACCUGGCAGCUCUACCGCC